UAUGGUAUAUAAAUUGGUUUUGAAGUUCGUAGAGAUGAACCGCAGUCAAUUAUCAGAUCCAUAAUGACUAUUACUUACUUUAUUACCGGAACCAAUCGUGGAAUUGGGUUUGAAUUCGCUAAACAGCUUUCUGAAGAUCCAAACAACAAUGUAAUUGCUACCACUCGCUCUUUCGCUAAGGCCACUGCUUUGAAAGAUUUAAAUCGUUCAAAUCUUCAUAUAAUCGAAUACGAUGUGGCUUCUCCUUUGGAAACAAUGAAGCGAGACUUGCUGCCUCUUGAAAAGUACGCUCCAGAUGGGGUCGAUGUUGUUAUCCAUAAUGCUGCUAUCUGUAUAGACACCAUUCAACCUAUUUUACAAACCACUGAGGCUGAACUUAAUGAACAUUAUACGGUCAAUGCAACUGGUUCAGUGAAAGUGUACCAAUCAAUCUUUCCGUACUGGUCAAAGAGUGCCAAUUCAGAAACUGCUAAAAAAUUCAUUUUUAUUAGUUCUAUAGCUGGUUAUGUCAAUAAUUUUUGCUCUGUUCCAACAUCCCAUUACGGUUCAUCCAAAGCUGCUUUGAAUCAUAUUGUAAGACAUAUUGCAUUUGACCAUAAGUCUUCCGAUUUGGAUCAUAUUCAAAAGUCAAUUGUAUUUGCAGUGCAUCCUGGUCUUGUUGAAACUGAUAUGGGUGAUCAGUUUGUUACUUUUGUCAAUGAAAAAGGCUACCCGGUUCCAGUAAUCACUCCUCGAGAAUCAGCCUCUAAUGUAAUCAAGAUAAUACAAAACCUGAGUGAAGGUGAUGAUGACACUUUUAUCAGUUAUGACGGAAAUAAAGUUACUUGGUAAGUCUUA